AUGGCCCACGACCAAGGCCCUCCCGGACCUCCUGGCCCUCCUCCCCCAGGUCACUGUCCCCCACCCCCUCCUCCCCCCAAGCACAGGCCCAUCACCACCUCCGAGCUUUCCUCCUCCGAAAUCGCAGCCUCCUCUGCCGCCGCCGCAAUCCCAACCAACAUAACAUUCUCCACAAUCCAACCCGAUCCCACCCUCGAAUCCCUCCUCCUCUCCCUCGUCUCCGCCUACACCCUCUCCACCCCCCUCCCAACCCCCACCGGUACCCUAGCCUCCAAUAUCCCCUCCUACUGUACCCCCAUCGCCAUCCUCGAUUCCUCCGCCUACUCUCAGCUCCUCACAUGUUCCGCCACCGCGUCCACGAGUGGUGAAUGCGAUAAUUUAAGUACGGUCGUGUAUGCGAUUGAGUUGGCGCUUGAGGCUUGUGCGACGCCGAGUGCGUUUAGUGAGGUGGGUGUUGUUACGGGGUAUUUGAGUGCGUUUUGGGGGGAUGCUUGUAGUGUGCUUGGAGGGGCUGUUGCUGAGGGGACGCCGGAGGGUUUUGCGUUUAGUUGUGUUGCAAGUGCGACGGCCACUGCUACGCCGGCUUGA